AUGCUAGUAGUAUCGCGUGUCACACAAGUAAGAGAAGAGUUCCGAAGCUCCGACCUGCGUCAACGAUCAAAAAUCAAGGAUGCCGUUCUGUACGCCAAACAGUCGAAGAUAAGGUGUGCCGGACACAUGGUGCGUGUGAACGGCAACCGAUGGACAAGAGCCGUUAGUGACAUGGAAGAUUCACUGGCGUUUGAUCGAGUCACUCGACGUUUAACGGCAUUACAGUUGAUACAGGUGAUGGGAUUAUUUAUAUCGUUCAUGUUACAAGGAGAAAAAAUCCUGCACUACGAAGCAAAAAGAACGAAAUAUUCGCCAUAA